AUUGUAUGUAUUUCGGUGUAAAUACGAAUGCAAUUGCAUUUCUCCCGGUACAGCUGAUAAGCGCAGGACGUUGCGCGUUCAUUGUUUACGUUUGACAAUAUAUACGAGUAAAUAUUGAUGGACCGAAAUAACAUUGCAAUUCAGUUUUUCGUGUCACCAGGCCUCGAUGACUAAUUUAUUGUUUCUGUGUAUAUAACACAACAAUAUACAAUACACGUUUUAUGAUAAUAUAGAUCAAUUUUUCGGAAAACUCUCGUGAAAACAUAUCGAGUCUACUACAAUUUCUCUUUCCAACAAAAUAAUAGAAGUAAUAAUAAUAAAGUGAUUGCUUGGUGUAGAUCGAUCCUAUGUUAUAUAUCUACCUAUAUCGAAUUACCUAUUGGCAAAAUGCAGGGAAUAAUAUUUCUGCGACAGAAAUUUGUUAAUAAAUUUUGCAGAAAGGUGAAAUAUUUAAUUUAAAGAAAAAAACAAACAAAAAAACAACCCAUUGCAUCAUCGAAGGACAUUUUACAUGUAUGAUUCCUAACGUUCGUGAGCGAUGCACGCAGUCCUAUGUGAAACGUGCGGGGUUGCUGCGGUUUCGCGGUUUCGUGAUUUUUCGGAACUAACUGUGGCUGGUGGAAGCGAGCAACGCUCCAUCCUUUUUCGGUACCAGCGUGGUUUUCUUUGUUCUAAAGGCGUGGUAUACUACCUACUCGCACGCUGUAACAUUUAUACACACGAUGCGUCCAACGCGGUAAUUUUUUUCACAAGCCUGCGUCCUCUUACGAGACGCAGCCAGCGGGUUUCUAAUUUUAAGGAGGUAUCGCACUCACUGCGUUACUGCGCUUGUUGUACCGACUACAUGAUACACGUUUCAUUUCUCUAACAAUAAGAUGAAAAAUAAAGAUUUCGUGGGUACAGACGGUCGGAAAUCAUUUGUUUUAACGGCUAACGUUUCGGUCAAAGCUAAGGUCGACCUUCCUCAGAGUCUUUGACGGAUAUAUAACAUGCGGUAAUUAAUACAUAAUCUAAUAAUGAAACUCGACUAUCAUCAUCGUGUGACUCACAUGUUUGUAAUUUUAUGUACAUGAUUUUCCUUACAAAUAUGUAACUCACAUGGUGAUGAUAGUCAAGUUUCAUUGUUAGAUUAUGUAUUAAUUACUGCAUGUUAUAUAUCUACCAUAGACUCUGAGGAAGGUUAACCUUUGCUUUCACCGAAACGUUAGCCGUUAAAACAAAUAUUUUCUGACCGUAUAUACCGACGAAAUCUUUAUUUCCCGUCUUGAAUCAAAUGACGGUCAAUAAGUAUUACACAUCUACAAAUAAGGGAAGAUAUAACUUGUGAUAAACCAUGGCAUACAAUCACGAACGGCUCGGACAACUCUUCCGCGUAAAGCGAUAAAUGUGAUAACACAUAUAUUUCUGUCAUACACGGAGAGAAAAAUCUGAGAAAAAUUGCCCUGCAGUUUUUGUUGAUGCAUGUUACAAAAAUUAUAGGUUUUUGUGAAAAAAAAUUACUAUCUUGCUUAAAAACUAUGUAUUUCGGCGGCACAAAAUUUAAAAUGUGACGACGCAUUUUUCUGACGCAGCACGGUAAAAACUGCAUUAGGUGUGUUUUACAUCACGAUUAUAGUAACAGCAGGGUAAUUUUUCUCAGAUAUUUCUCUCCGUGUACCCACGCUUAUACCUUAUUUAACAAUGCAACGCUAGAGUUGAACUAAGAGAUGCGAAAUGAUUAUAUACGAGUACCUAUAUCUAUCAUUUACUCCCGAGAGUGCUUUAAGUUAAGGCGAAAAACACUAAUUCUCGUCCGCCAGCUAGACCGUAUUUACGAAUUUGUUGGUUAAAAAAAAACACGGACCCGGUCACGCUCUGCAUAGUACAAAUAUCGUGUUGCAGCAGUAUGCGUGCAAGUUGCUGUGAGCACAACACCAGAUACUUGUAGAAUUUGCGGCACCGUGAAAGCUGCAAAUCACGUACAACUCAAAAGCUAUCGAGUGUCGCCGAUCCGCGAGCGAUUGUGGUCAGUCAGUGGACCGAGGUCCGUGGCUUGCGACGCAGUCUUCUCCCAGCCGUCGCGUACGUCGGAUGGGAAUCUCUCCCAACUGUCGUAGCUUCUGUAAUAGCUCACCGGUGUCCGCGUUGCUCGAUCCGUCCCCGACAAAGGAUCUCCCGUUCCCGCAGGACCGAUGAUAAAGGCGAGACGCUAGCAGCAGGAGAAUCGGUAUCCAGGAUUAGCGGUAAUCCAGAGUGACAUUCUCGUCAGACUUCUACCCGAGACUCAGGAUGACCGUGACGGAGAGCGGAGAGGGUAAACAGGCCUCGGUUCCGGACCUUUACUCCCAGCUUCGAGGUGCCGCGGCCGAAAUUGACGAGCGCGCCUCCAGCGAGGAGUCGCAGUCAGCUGCGGUGAACGCGAACGGGAUCGCCUCACUCCCUCGGGAAAUCGGUCCCGCGCCUACGGACGCCGAGCGGGGUGCUGCCAUCCCGUCGUCGUACGGAUGGUCAAAUCCUCUUUCGAACGACGCGACGGUCGUCGGGGUUGCAGAGGAACUGGCACCGUUGAAUCAAACCGCGAACCCGACGGUACUAAACGCACAUGGCGGUGGUGCCUUGAAAAAGAUGGUCGGCCCGAUGUCGGCUGAGGCCAAGGCUGAGCCUCCGGACGGUGGGUGCAGAGCAUGGGUGAUUAUGGUUGCCAGUUUCUUCGUUAAUGGAAUCAUCCUGGGCGUGAUUAAUUCCGCUUCCGUCAUCCACAUACAGCUGGAAGGAAUGCUCAAGAGUAGGAAUGUGACUGGAGCGUCUUCCAAGGCCUCCCUAGUGACUUCCUUGGCGAUUGGCAUGAUGUUCCUUAUGUCACCGGUCGCCGGUAUUCUCACGGAUAAAAUUGGGGUACAAAUGACGACCCUCCUUGGUGGUGGCCUCGCGACGUUGGGAUUGUUUAUAUCUUCCUUUAUUUGGCAGAAGAUAGAGGUCAUGUACUUAACGUACGCUAUAAUGUAUGGUCUGGGUGCUAGCCUCGCUUACACACCUAGUCUGGUCAUCCUUGGUCACUAUUUCAAGCGACGAUCGGGUCUGGUAAAUGGCAUUGUGACGGCGGGUAGUUCCGCCUUCACGGUUGCCAUGCCGUACGUCAUGCAAGCUCUACUUGACAGCGUUGGCAUGAAGGGUUUGCUUAUUAGUCUGGCCGCCCUUACCGCGGGUGUCAUGGCUUGCGCCGUACUAUUCAAGCCUUUGCUACCGCCAUCAUCGUCACCCGAAAGAUGUACCGCAGGCCGUUUCAACUUCCAAUUAAAACUGAAAGAGGUGAUCAACAUCUCAAUGUGGAAGAGGAAACGCUACGUCAUUUGGGCUACCGCAAUUCCCUUAGCACUUUUCGGAUACUUUGUGCCAUACGUUCACAUUGGUGCGUUCGUGAAGAAAAAUUUUGCUGGACACGACGAAAAGUUGCCCGUAAUGUGCAUCGCUAUCACGUCUGGAGUGGGGCGCCUUCUGUUCGGAUUCGUAGCCGAUUUGCCACGUGUGAACCGUAUACUUUUGCAACAGAUUUCGUUCGUCACCAUUGGUCUCCUGACAAUGCUGUUACCUGUGACCAAUUCCUUCAACCUACUGCUAGUAAUUUCUCUUGGAAUGGGGCUGGUUGACGGGUGCUUCAUUUCUCUUCUGGGUCCAAUUGCAUUCGAUAUAUGCGGUCAAAAGGACGCAAGUCAGGCAAUUGGAUUUUUGCUGGGAAUGUGCUCUAUACCGCUGACUGUUGGGCCACCGAUCGCCGGAUAUUUGUUCGAUUCCCAAGGCUCAUACACCUUGGCAUUCAUUUUGGCUGGCGUUCCUCCGAUCGUUGGUGCGAUUGUAAUGUUCUUGGUGAGGUUCGUCGACGAUAACACGACCGGCUGUGGGAAAGACGAAACUGAACCAUCCGAAUGCUUGCAUCAGCCCUUGGCACAACCCGCUUGGCAAAACGGAAACGGAAUAAAGUUGGGCCUGGGCGGAGCUAGGGAAGAACCCUGGAGCUGCCAAACUAACCACAUUGGCGAUGAGUUUGGGAAACGGAUCGACAAUAGUGUUAGGAGGUGCUCGUCGUAUCGCUAUGACCGCUACUACUACUUCUACCGCAAUUGCAAGCGGCAGAACAUGCAUAAAACAACCUCAUUGACACCCGAUCGUCCGCGACGAGGCUGUCAACUUGUGCCGCACGAUAUUGCACGAUAUUCGGAAAGUGAACCCCUACUUCUCUGUACAACGUCUACAUCGUGUAGCAAUAAGGGCGCGAAGUGGAAUUGGUCUUUACAUGACUAUCGUGACGAUUACCGCGACUGGCAUUUUUCGGAAAAUAGUUUGUGUCAGCGGGAAUCCUAGAAAUUUGGGAUAACUUCGCUUCUUUUGUAAACACUCAGAAUUUCGCUACUGUGACAGUCCUUUCAGGAAAGAAGAUCCUGCCGAAUGAAUCUUAUAAAGUGCGCACUCCAUACGAAUAGACGCUGACAAACGUAUUGAUAUUCUCUACUUGUUUUUCUACCUUAUGUAAAUAAACUGCUUUAUUUGUA